AUUUUCUUGAUUUGCCACAAGCGGGAAGAACCCCAAGCCUGGGCCCCUGCAUUGCAGCUCACCAUGCGAUAACGGCUUUUCCCGCAAAAAGAGAGAGAGGAGUUAUCGAUCCCCGUUCAAGAUUUACUUAAAAGUUUCCACUCUCCUCAUCUUGAUCUUCAUCGUCCUUGAUCUUCUGGAAUAAUGGCAGAAUCUGAGCCUCGAACAUCCUUUGACGCGAAUUUCAUGGAGGCGCAAGAAGCUGUUCGGGUGAUUAGGAGUGGGCUCGUCAGAGCAAGGGAGCUGUUAGCGAACUUCCUUCAGAUGGCCACACGGCUGCUGUGCAUGAUAUCAGGCGCCAUGGUAUCGGACAUCGUGACUGAUGUUAACAUGUUGGCAGCUAUUCCAAAUGGGAAUCUUACCUGGCGAGAUUUUGCCAAACUGCUCUUCAAAUAUGUCCUCCCGGUGAUUUUCGGAUUCUAUGGGCCGAACUGGCUAGCCAUUCUGUCUGCAGUUCUUACCGCACUUUGGAGAGCUUGGAGAAGCGCUGGGGCGAGUGGGAGCCUGCAAAGAGCGCUCUAGUGAUAUACAUAUCAUGAUCCAUAUGCAGCUGCGGCUAGUUGGCAUCUCCAUCUCAAAUGGCUUCGAUGGAAAAGAUUGAGCCCCCCCCCGAUAAGGCUUGAAACUUGAAGGAGGGGAAGAUGAGCGCGAAGGACGGAAGGGGAAAAGUGUGUUGGUGGUUGCGCCGCCCGCGAGAGUUUAACACUUGAUCGACGAUUGUAAAUUGCGAAUUCAGUGCUUAAGCUCCAGCGAGUUAGUGAACACUAUUCAUCCUCGUUCAAUGGUAGUUACGUACGUAGUGAUGACAG